GCUGGGGGAAGCUUCGAUUCGACGCGAUCAACUAAAUUUAACAAUUCCAUCUUCUUUUUUUUUUUUCAUUCCCCCUCCUCUCUCUCUUUCGUAAACUCGUCGCAAGCGCAAGUCUAACUCGACCUGUUACUCGGCCAUUGGAAUUGACUUGCAAUAUGUCUUCUCAACAACCACUUCCUAAUACCCAACAGCCCCUCGAUGUCUACGGUGGAGACGAAGUAUCAGCACUCGUUCUCGAUGCUGGCUAUUGUCACACACGGGCAGGCUUUGCAGGCGAAGAUGUUCCCAAAUCAGUCCUGCCCUCCUUCUACGGCAGCGUGAAGAGUGGCGAUGGCGAGUCUGCCACUUACCGCCAUGUUUUCGGAGAUGAACACUUAAUACCCCGCGCCGGCCUCGAGAUCAAGAAUUACAUGUCGCGCACCGAAAGCGUCGUUGAAGAUUGGGACACCGCUACGAAGAUCUGGGAGAUUGCCCUUAUCAAACGUCUACAGCCCCAGAAGCAGACACACCCGACUAAGAACGGUCUGAAUGAUCCCAUUCCUGAUGGCGAAGGCGACGUUGCUAUGGAUGAUAUUGAGGAGCAGGAAAAGGCGCUAGCUGAGAACCCAUUGCUGAUGACGGAAGCACCGUGGAACUCCGGCAAGGCGAGAGAGAAGGUCAUCGAGAUUGCUAUGGAGAAUUGGGGGUGCCCUGCUUUCUGGCUAUCGAGAACGCCAGUUUGCGCCGCAUUUGCAGCCGGCAAGGCAUCAGCACUAGUGGUUGAUGUAGGUGGUGCGAACACGAGCGUCACCGCCAUCCACGACGGCAUGAUCUUGAAGCGCUCUAUCCAGAAGUCGCCCAUCGGUGGAAUAUGGCUAUCGCAACAAAUCCGAUCCAUGUGGGAGAACAGUGAUCCCAAGAUUGAUAUUAUACCAUCUUACAUGCUCGAGAAUAAGGUUCCGGUCGAUGCAGGUGCGCCCGCGCAGGCGAAACUUCGCCACUUCCCCUACGAGAUUAGUUCCUCCUAUCGCGCCUACGAAGAGGAUCGCCUCUUGACCGAGUUCAAGGAAUCCGUUGUGGAAGUCUGGCGAGGUCCCGGCCGGUAUGCGAACCCAGGCAACGAGGACGUCGUUAGGUCGCAGCCCGGUCGUGUUUUCGAGAUGCCCAACGGCUAUAACCAGAUGUGGCGAGAACAACGGUUCAAGGUUUCCGAAGGCUUGUGGGACGAGACAGCCGCAUUGGCGGCACCAGAAGGCAACACCAAAGUACAGACGAUCCCGGAACUGAUCAAAGCUGCCGUCAACGCGGUGGACGUAGAUCUACGACCUAACCUCCUCGGAAACAUCGUCGUAACGGGAGGUACCAGCUUACUAAAUGGAUUCAACGACCGACUUAACAACGAGCUAGUGGCCAUAUACCCUGGUAUGAAGAUUAAGUUGCAUGCUGCUGGUCUCACGACUGAGCGACGUUUCGGUGCUUGGAUCGGAGGAAGCAUUCUAGCAAGUUUGGGUACAUUCCACCAGAUGUGGAUUUCACGAAAGGAGUACGAGGAGAAUGGUGCUGGAAUCGUUGAGAAGCGAUGCAAGUAGUAGUGUUGCACCGAUAUCCGCAUUACUUCCAGCGCGCUGGGGAAUUCAGUACAAUCAAGGCAGCUUUUUUUUAGGUCUCUACCCUGGGCGUUCCGGAGUUGGAGUGAUAUAGCCACGUAGGCCGGUAGGCAAGAAAAGCAGGCACGCUUGGCCUCGUUGUUCUUUCGAGGGACAGAAAAAGAAGAAGAGUCCUCAAGGCUAGACAAAUAGUAGCCAGUCAUGACAGAAAAAAAUCACCAAAAAGAUUCAAAUACUCGGUAGACAGAUAGACA